GAGACCUCGAACACCGACCAACACUGCUCGCAUCACGAGCAAAUCAUGGCAGUCGGCUUUGCUCUCCUUCUGCCCUAUUGAAGAUGGCGCGGCGCAUUGUACGCACCUUGAGCCAGAUAGGCGCAUUUCUCGUGCUCGCCCUUCUGUUGAUCUUCCUCGCCGACUCGCGAUAUCGUGUGCUCCCGAAUUCGAUCCACUCCGUACUACCUUCGCAUCAUCCGGGAACGGUCAUCACCGAUGUCACCAUCGCAUACUGUUCGUCCGUGAAUCCCCUCUCCAAAUGCCGCCUGGAUCCUAAGAAAUGGGAUCGUAUCGAAAAGGACCUCUAUCUCGGGUCAGGAUGGGUGCAAAGCGCAUAUGUGCAUGUGCAGCGGAAGAAGGAGGAAGAACUCACUCAUGCGGAGAUGGUCAUCGUGGACAUCAAGAUUGGAAAGCUGUUGCCGGAAGUGGACGAGAAGAAUCAUCCUGGAGCAGUGUGGGAACGGAGACAAGGCGGCCUUUACGUUUUGCGCAGCAGCAAGCGUCAUGACAGUGACUCGGACAAGGCGAUUACAGCUGUGGAUAUACUGUACGGAGCGGACGCAGUCGAUCCCAGACCUAAGUGGGAACUACUGCAGGUGCCUCUGCUCGUAGAUGGUGGUGACCGGAACCGCGCAGCCAGAUUGAGCAUCCGGCGCGGGAAGCCAAAGUCCACUCAUCGAGAUCUGCCAGUUCCACGAGUGCGGAAGGAUGGGAGGUUCAAGAUCCUGCAGAUAUCGGAUGCUCACCUGGCCACAGGCGUGGGAACGUGCAGGGAUGCUAUUGGCGAAGGGAACCAACCCAGCACGAAGUGCGAGGCUGACACACGCACUUUGGACUUUAUUGAGAAGAUUCUCGAUGACGAGAAGCCGGAUAUGGUCGUACUGUCUGGAGAUCAGGUCGAAGGACCACAAGCUCCCGACACGCAAAGCGCCAUCUUCAAGAUGGUCGCACCAUUGGUCGAACGAUCGAUCCCAUAUGCUGCUAUAUUCGGCAAUCACGACGAUGAAGGAUCUCAAUCUCUGCGGAGACCCGCGCAGAUGAGCAUACUCGAGACAUUGCCUUUCAGCUUGAGCGAAGCAGGUCCAGCAGAAGCCGACGGGACUGGCAACUACUAUGUUGAGGUUAUGGCUCAUUCGAAUCAGCAUUCUGCUCUGACACUGUACAUGCUAGACACCCACUCCUUGUCUCCUGACGAGAAGAAGUAUCAUGGGUACGACUGGAUCAAGCCCAGCCAGACGAAGUGGUUCAAGACUACAUCGCAGGAGUUGAAGAGAAGCAGAGCACAUAUCAAGUACAGCCACAUCCACAUGGACAUGGCGUUCAUCCACAUCCCUCUGCCCGAGUACGCCGAGAAAGCCAACAUACGGGCAGGAGGAGAAUGGAAAGAGGGCGUUACUGCACCCGGCUACAACAGCCACUUCUACGACGCUCUACAUGAGGAGGGCGUGGUGUCGGUUGGGUGUGGCCAUGACCAUGUCAACGACUAUUGCAUGCUGAAGCCCAACACGCUGACUCCCAGAGUCGCCGACGAUCAAUACGUCCACCAUGGAGACAAGCCAGCCCGGCGUGGGCCGUGGAUGUGUUACGCCGGCGGCUCUGGUUUUGGUGGAUAUGCCGGGUACGGAGGUUUCCAUCGCCGCGUGAGAGUCUGGGAGGUCGACACCAACGCUGGACGUUUGGAGACGUGGAAGCGGGUGGAGUGCUGUGGCGAGGAGACGAAGAAGAGGAUCGAUGAGCUGGUGCUGGUGGAAGGAGGUACGGUUGUGGAACCAUCGUGA